AUGGUAUUACGAACGAAGACUGAAGCGGAUAUAAUGGAAACUUGCGACGAAACGACUGGCUGCUCGCUCGUCUACCGCGGUGCACGCAAUCCUUUCCUCAAUCAACUGCUCUACGAGGAUGACCCAGACACUGUUGAGGACUCCGAAGAUAAAACCUACCAACCACCUUCAGGCUCAGAGGGUGAUGGUGACCCGCUAGAGUAUGAUUCGGACGCAUCAGGCGACUGCUCUUCUUCCCUAGAUGCUGACUCCGAUGGAGGCGGCGAAAUUGAGGCUGGUGAUGAGCGACAGUGGACUUUCACGGUAUCCGGCCCUGUCCUUCCCACCCACGACACCGACUUCCUACCUCUAAGUGAAGUAAAAGGCCCUCCCAUUACUGCAGGUACGCCCCUGUACGGAAUGGCCGCGAUUCCUCGACGCGAUGUUUACGAGCACAUUGCCGACCCGGGGUGCAAGUCUCCAAUGGAAUACUCUGGCCACCGAAUCUCGGCCGAGGAAAUGCGCGGCUGCACGACUGUUCAAUGCCUUAUUCCCAAGACAGACGACUGGGAGCCGGAAGAUGGUGACUGUGACUUUGAGGCUGACUCUGCUUACCAUUUGACCGGGCUCGCGUCCCACAUGCCGAGUGGUGGUUGGGGGUUGAUUUUCGGGCCUAGGAGACAUGGAGUCGAGCACCGGGACGCAGAUAUUUCGGCAUUCACUAUAGCUGACGCGGCAGAGAUCGAAGAGAUCGCCUUCCCCUUCCACCCCAGCUAUUUCGAACUCUUCCGCCAGGCCUCGCUAAUAAUCCUAGGAAGAGUCGACGUGGAUGGCCUGAUGCUCCUGCGUGAUCUCACGGCCAACAAAAAGAGGGAGAAUAUACUAGAGAGAAACCAACCCGAUGUCCACGAGGCAGCAGAGCAGGUGUGGCAGUGCAUCGAAGGCGCCGAAUAUCUCGCUGCCAACCCGAUCUUGAUCCAGCCCUGGAGCCCAUCGUUGCCGCCGCUACGCUCUCAACGCGGCAGCACCUCAGGCGUGGACGUAUUUCUCAAGCUUCCGAAGGAGCUCAUCUACGAAGUUGUCGGCUAUCUCGGUUCUACGGACAUUGCGUCACUGCGGCUCGCCUCACGCGCUUUUACGCAUCUCCCCAUCUCGCUUUGGCACAGGCUCGUAAUCGAGGAGAUGCCCUGGCUGUACGAAGCAUGGUCGAAUGCCGUGACGCCGUAUCCGUGGGUGACGAAGGACGGCGUGGAGCAAGUCGAACGCGAAGAAGCCCAGUGGAAAGCGUCGAGGGAAUAUUCGCUGAGCCUUCAUUCCCGGGCAGACGUUAUCCGCCAGGACAUGCCGGACAUAUCCCCUCCGCAUUUGCUUGCCUUUAGCCGAGCAUCAACUGCGGCGAACGAGCUCUUUCUCCUCAUCGAUCAGCAAUCGAAAAUCGACCCUUUUUCCGAUUGUGGUAGCAAGCCCGAAAAGACCGAUGGGGCCAUCGACUUGCAAGGGGUCAACUUCGCUUAUCCGACAAGACCCAACAUUCCUGUACUGGAGGACUUCACGCUCCACAUACCCGCUGGCAAAGUUACAGCGCUCGUUGGCCCCAGCGGAUCAGGAAAGAGCACCAUCAUCGGGCUGUUGGAGAGAUGGUACAAUCCGGUCUCAGGAAGCAUCAAGCUCGACGGAACGGAAAUCGGCGCUUUGAAUUUGCGGUGGCUAAGAACGAACAUGCGCCUUGUGCAGCAAGAACCGGUCCUCUUCAAUGGAACGGUGUUUGAAAAUAUUUCCGACGGUCUUGUGGGUACGCAAUGGGAUUUUUCCACCAGAGAAGUAAAGCUUCGGUUGGUCGAAGAGGCUGCAAAAACGGCGUUUGCCCAUGGCUUUAUCCAGCAGCUCCCUCUUGGCUACAACACGCGGAUCGGCGAAAGGGGCGGUCUUUUAUCGGGGGGCCAAAAGCAGAGGAUUGCUAUCGCCCGAAGCAUCAUCUCUCAGCCCAAGAUCCUCCUUCUUGACGAAGCGACCAGUGCCCUCGACCCGCAUGCCGAAGCAAUCGUUCAACAGGCCCUGGACCGUGCAUCCAAGGACAGGACAACAAUCGUAAACGCACACAAGCUCAAGACCAUCCGCGAUGCUGAUAACAUCGUCGUCCUGUCCAAGGACAAGAUCGUGGAGCAGGGCAGCCAUGACGAACUUGUGGCCGCUGGCAACAUCUAUUCUCACCUCGUCAAAGCGCAGGACCUCUCUACAUCCGCGCCAGAUGAUGCCACUAAAGACGGCCAGGAAGACGAGCCUCGACAAGAGGCGGAAAAUAUGCAGUCCUUGGCGAGGUAUAAUACCAGUGAGGCGCGCAAUCUUGACUCCCUUAAGGAUCGAGAGGACUUUUCGCUCUACAAGGGUCCAGGCCUCAUAGUGUCUGUUCUCAAGCUGAUCAAAAUCACUUGGGAUUUGCGGUACUGGUAUCUUAUCGUCCUUAUGUCUUGCUUUGUUGGAGCUGCUGUCUACCCAAGUCAGGCCGUGCUCUUAGGAAAUGUUCUUGACAUUUUCUCCGCCCCUGAUAUGUUGAAGCGCAGCAACUUUAUCUCACUGAUGUUUUUUGUUAUGUCCCUCGACUGUCUUUUGGCCUAUUUUGUCAUGGGCUGGGCAACCAACGUCAUCACUCAGACUCUCAACCAACGACUCCGAAACGAGAUUCUUGACCACACUCUCCGGCAAGACCUCCGUUUCUUUGACAGACCCGAAAACACAGUUGGCGCUCUCAACAGUCGCUUGUCCUCUUACCUAGAGUCUAUUUACGAGCUUAUGGGCUUCAAUAUUGCCUUGAUCGUGAUGGCACUCAUCAACGUCGUAGCUUCAAGUAUCCUCGGUAUUGUAACCUCAUGGAAGCUUGGCCUCGUUGGUGUCUUUGCUGGUUUGUCACCCAUGCUACUUGCCGGGUACACCCGUAACCGUGUUGAGACUAAAAUGGACAACGAUGCCGAUAAGAGGUUCUCCCAGAGUGCUUCCAUUGCAUCAGAGAAUAUUUUGGCCAUCCGCACAGUAUCGUCACUCGCCAUUGAACCCACUGUUCUAAACCGAUACACCGAGGAACUCGAUACAGCCAUCUCGAAAUCCAAGGCUCCUCUAUUCCAUAUGAUGGUUUACUUUUCUUUGACUCAAUCUAUCGAGUACUUCAUUCCUGCCUUGGGAUUCUGGUGGGGUUCCAAAUUGCUCUCCCAAGGAGAGCUCAACUUCUAUCAAUUUAUUGUCUCCCUCAUGGGCUUUACCAAGGCCACUGCCGCCGCCGGUUACUACUUCUGGAUUUCGAAUCUUCAACCGACAGUCCGAGAAACUAAGGGGAACCAGGAGCGUGGCCUCGGGGCUAGAUGCAGCCAAUACGACUUCGAGAACGUUCAAUUCUCAUAUCCGCUGGCUCCUGACAAUCGCGUGCUGAAGGGAAUUUCUCUAAAGAUCUCUCACGGUCAAUUCGUUGCAUUUGUGGGCGCUUCAGGGUGUGGGAAGAGCACAAUGAUAUCAUUGCUGCAGCGGUUUUACGAUCCAACGAGUGGCCAAAUUAUCAUAGACGGCACACACGACCUGAAGACUCUCAACCCUUGGCUAUACCGAAACAAAGUCGCCUUGGUGCAACAGGAGCCGACGCUGUUCCCUAGUACUAUCAGGGCUAACGUUUCUAUGGGAGUCGAUUUCGAUUUGAAGGGAGAAAACACGACCGGCACCUACGGCCUACCGACAGCCGAAGAUGCUGCCCUUGAGGGGGCACUCCGUGCUGCCAACGCAUGGGACUUCGUUAGUUCUCUGCCUCAGGGGCUAGAUACCCCAUGUGGCACCACCGGCAGCCAGAUGUCUGGCGGACAGAAGCAGCGUAUCGCCAUUGCGCGGGCGUUGAUCCGCAACCCUAGUGUCUUGCUCCUUGACGAGGCGACUAGUGCACUGGACACGGACUCGGAGAGAGUCGUCCAAGCAGCGCUCAUGGAAGCCUCCGGCUCUGGAGAGCGGAUCACUAUUGUCGUGGCUCAUCGGCUGUCGACUGUGCGCGAGGCCAAUUGUAUUUUUGUUUUCUAUGGGGGUCGCAUCGUCGAGGCCGGUUCGCAUAAAGAGCUCAUCAACCAAGGUGGUAUGUACAAGGAAAUGUGUGAGGCGCAGAGUCUGGACAGGGCUGCGUAG